AUGGCCGACCCUUUGAGCAUAGCGGCAUCCGUUGCUGGUCUAUUGACGUUGACCACGUCUAUCACCAGCUCCCUAAAGAAAUUCAAAGCCGCUGUCUCCGAUGCGCCAACGUCCGCGCGCAUUGUGCUUGCCACCGUGGAAGAGACCAGCAUAGCUCUAAAAACAGUCAGGCAUCUAAUUGAGUUCGUUGAGAUAUUGCCCCCUCAACGCAAGUCUUUGGUUCACCUCGAUCACCUUGCAAUCAUUUUUUCUCAGUCUAUCAGAACGCUAAGUGAGCUCGAGGCUCUUAUUACGAUACCUACAAACCUAAGACGCAGGUGGAAAUGGACUUCGGAUGAGAUGAAGGUGAUGAGAUUGAUGCCUCACCUUGAAAGUCAGAAAUCUAGUUUGUCAUUAAUUAUUACAGUGCUUCGAUGCAAAUCCGACUUGGAAGCUGUCCAUAAUCAUGACAGGCUUCAAGAGUCCAUUGAGAGCAUUGCUGUCCAGAACGAUGAUCUAGUGGAACGUAUUCGCCAGCUAGAAGCAGGAUUUGCUCAAAAAGCUCAGUCCAUAAGGUCCGCAAGGAGUGAAUUGGUGCCCACAACCCUGAGGUCGCUAGGAGAUAACAACACCACCUCGGUUCUAUAUGACACAUCCAUUGCUGAGGCCGGCCAUUUUGGGCAUCAGAGGGAUAUCGGAUGGCUCUUGGAGCGUGAGUUCGAGGAGCAGCUUGAAGCCACCCAGGUAUACCGACGAGUUAAAACAAACGAGAUAGACACGAUGUCUCUAAGGCCUUCAACAUUACACACCAGGUUCAGCAUCCUGUCAAGAUUCAGUCUCAACGACAUAUCCAUUGUCGGCUUGUUCCGUAUUCCUAUAACACUAAGUGAUAUGGAAACGAUCGGUGCAGACUUGACAUUUUCCACCCUCCUAUCUCAGCAAUCACUACACCAUGCCAUAAGUAUAUUGCCUAGAGCGAGGUUUCCUGGGAAACCUACUCUCAAGUUAAUGAUUGUGGGCAACGGGACAACUCCGAGGCAGUUACUGUUUCACUACACGAAGAGUGGAGAUCCGGGGCUACAAAAUAUUGACGAAGACGGGCACAUAUGUUUUCGUGUAGGAGAAAAACAGCAUGUGAUGGAUAUCUUUGACACGUCUGGGUUUGAGGGAUAUAGAAUGCAACUACAGCCGCUUUACAGAGACACCGAUGUCUUUCUCGUUGCUGUAGAAAUCGACAACGAACGGACUUUCGAAGAUGCACAAACCCUGUGGAUUCCGGAAAUUACCAGAGGUUCUCCGAGUACUCCAUAUAUCGUUGUUGGAAUCAAGAAUUCGAAACUCAACCCUGAAUCCUCUGGAAUCUCUAAUAACACUCGAGGCUUAGAACUAGUAACGGCGAAUACUUCUGACAGCUAUGAAAAUAGCAAUGGUCCAGAAGGCCCGGAUAAAUACUAA